CACAACAAUACAUAGACUUUCAAGGCGACGGAUAGGUGUCUCUAACUAGAUCUAUAUUCUGCUUUACAAAUAUGAAGUGACUGACAAGUUAUAUCUAUGUAUCUUAGCUGCAGAUACGUUCUCAAGUUUGUGGUGCAAUUUCAGGAAAACAACUAGAAUCAAUAGAGGAAACUAUCUAAUAUAAACCAAAAUGGCAGAGUUGAGAGAUACUGAUACAAGCCCCGUCAUUCAGAGUGGGGUUGAGACUGAUAUUAGCCCCGUCAUUGAGAGUGGGCCCUCAACCCAUCUGGAUGACUUUGAAGAAAUCAGCACCAAUGUGUCAGAGUUUGCCCAGGUCAUCUUCAACAAUGUACAGGAGUGCUAUGUACCAGGGACCGAUCUACAGUGCAACUAUACCCUGACUUCGGCCAUCAGGCCCCAGUCACGUGACUGGAUCGGAGUCUUCAAAGUAGGCUGGACAUCCACCCGUCAGUAUCGAGCAUUUGAGUGGGCCCCCACCCCCACCCAGCUGACUGAUAGCGACGAAUGGACCCAGGAUAUCACGUUCAAAGCAUACUAUCUACCCAAGGAUGAAGACGGUGAGUACUACCAGCUGUGCUACAUUGAUUCCGCUGGUAAGAUGCGGGGAGCCAGCACCCCCUUCCAGUUCCUGGAGCAGUCAGCUGAAGACUUUGUCCAGGUGCUUGAUGAUUCCAUGGAUAUCCUCAUGAUACACAACAAGAGUGAAUAUUGUGUGGGGGAGCUGAAACGAGUCCAGGAGGAGAAGCUUGAGAUUGAAGAGGAGUGCAAGUCACUCAAAGAGAAGGUGAUCGCCAUGGAAACAGAGCUCCAGGAAGCCAAGGACCAACUGGACAGCAUCACACAGGAAUAUGAGUCUCGCACUCUUGGCAACAAGUCGAUGGAGGAGAAGCUGGAGAGCAUGACCUGUGAGCUGGCUGAAGCAAGAGAGAGGGUAGCAAAUCUUUCUGAGGAAGCAGGAAAUUACGAGAGCUCCCUCCAGCAGACAGAGGGCGCUUUCAUGGAGGUCGUCAACCGAGAGCUUGCCCUUCGAAACAAGCUGGAUGAGCUGGAGAAGCGAUACACUCAAGUCGUGUCAGAUAGGACUAGUCUAAAGACCCAGUUGGAAUCGACAAAUAAGAACAACACGGAGAUGUGCGAGGAGAUUGAUAACCUAAAGCAGCUGUUGUCCCAUAGCAAUGAGACUCACCAGGAGGUGAGAGAGAGUGAGGUCCGCGUGAAGGAACAGUACCUCAAGAUGCAGCAGGACCUACAGCAAGCCAGCGUGGAGAAGGAGCAAUUGCAGAUGAUGGAAUGUCGGUUUUCGUCUGCUGAAUCGAGCCGUGUCAUCCUGGCCAAGGAGCUGGACUCGCUCAAGAUGGUCCAGGAAAAGCUCUCCAAAGAUCUUGUGGCUGCAAAGACUCAGAAGGAAUCCUUGAAGAUGGCUUUGGAUCGUCAGACUAAGGAGAUGAAGGAAGAAAAGAAGAAAGUACAGCUACAAAGCCAUCAAAGUAGAGAGAAACAAGCCCUUCUUGUGGAACAGAUCAGUGCCCUCAAGGAUGGUAUACAGCAACUUGCACAGGAGAAGGAGAUGGCCUGCAAGGGCACCAAAGGCUCCCAGGAGGCCCAGCAGAUUGCCACCAAGGACCUGAAGGACAAGGUCAGACGUACCCAGUUCCACUGCAAGGAGGAGGUCCGCAGGCGUUCAGAGCUCCAGAAGAAAAUGCUUGCCAUGGAGACCUCUUUCCGUGACGAAAGCAAGGAGUUGAAGCGGGAGGUGGAGGACCUGCGGCUCCGUCUGCAGAUGGGUGCUGAAGAGUACAAGAAGGUGUACAGCGAGUGCCGCCAGCUGGAGGCAAAGAUGGAGAAGAGAAAGGUUAUGAAGGAAUCAACUCAGACAAUGUCCUCAUCAACGGACAGUUCAACCUCAUGGAAGGACGCUGAGAAGACCCUGUCGAUCGCCAAGAGUGGAGAGGGCAAUGGAGGUACUCUAGAGGUAGUGAGUAACAGUCAAGGCAGUCAGGUGACUUCAGAGCAGACAUCCCAAGGAGUACAGGCUAUGAGUAGCCAGGCUAGCCAAGGUAGUCAGAUCACCAACCAGGCAUCACAAGCCAUUCAAGCUACCACAGGGAUCCAAGUCUCUAACUUGUCUACUCAAGCCAUUCAGGCGACAACCAACCAAGCCACACAGGGCAGCCAGGUUGUAGGCACUAACAAAGAGAAGAGCACUCAGUCUGGCCUGCCUGCCGUAGCGACGAAGAUGGAGGGAGCUCUCCAGAGGCCUGGGUCUCGAGACGACACCUUCGAUCUGAAGGAGAUGCAUGUUCAGAUGUGCUCUCUGUCCAAGGCGCUGGAUGAGAGGAAGAAGGAGUCCGAUGGUUUCAAGCGCUUGUAUCAGGAGGAGAGAGAGAAGUCUGCACAAUUGGAGCGUGUAUGGCAGCUGAAAUACCAGUCUCUAGAGAGUAAGAACACAGAGUUUCAUGACAAGCACAACAAGAUGCUCAAUGACUACACCAACAUGAAGCACAGCUACGAGAGUCUCAAGUUUGACAUGGAUUCCCAGCAGCGCAGGGCAGCUCCAGCGGCCCCUGAGCCUAGUGACCGACCAAAGCAGUAUGUUAACCCCUACGCUGAGCCAGCUAGCCCCACUCAAAUGGAGAAUGGUAGCCCUGAUCCACUAAACUCUCUCUAUGGCAAUCCCUACGCCACGUCCGAAAGGGGAUUACCCUCCGCCCUAAUGGAAGUUUCCAUCGAUAGCCUGGACAUGGGCAGCAUCCGCUACCCUCCAGAUAUGGUGGAAGAUGCGGUCUUGUCCGAUGCUUCAGACUCUAUCCCCCCGGCCUUGCUGCCAGAGCCCCUCCAACCGGAUGUCCUACAAGAAGGGAAGAUAGCAGCCAUCAAGAUGAUGUCCUCACAGAUGGAAGGGAAGAAUGAACAGACCGAUGAUGAUAGGGAGGAUGCACAGUUCGUAGAUGCCCAGGAAUUCCCAGAAGCAACCAGCAGCCCCAAUCGUGACCCAAGCGCUCCUCCCAUGCCGACCUGCCCUCCCCCUCCCCCACCCGCCCUGGAUCCCAAGAAGUGUCCGGAGUGCGUGAUUGAGUUCCCGCCAAACUACCCCGAGGAGGACUUUGUGAGGCAUGUGCAGAGGCACUUUGCCAAGCUGUGUCCUGUCUGCCAGGGUCUCCUAGAUCCACAGAUCAGCCAGAUUGACUUCCAGAAGCAUGUGGAAUGCUGCCUCAUGACACGCAACUGAGAGGUCACUUCCUCAAGGAACUUGACCCGCCCCUCCUGAAACCACAGUGAAAUCCCUAACCCCAGUGUGGAUGAGCAAGAGAUUCUUUUCCCCCAAACUUGACUUAUCUCUUGCUAUGACCAAAGUUUCAACCCCAUUUUUGAAGAGCAACUUAUUCUUUUUCUCACAGAAUUUAAUUUGCCUUUUGCUGAGACUAAAAUCAGUCCCCUAACUCUAGUAUGAAAGGCAAAGAGAUUCUUACUUCGAAGAAUCUAACACAUCCUUUUCUGAAACUAAUACUGGGGCCCCUAACCUCAUUAUGGAAUACCAAGAAGUUCUUUCUCCCAGGAACAUAACCUGUCCCCUUGUUCUACACCCUAUUAAAUGGGGCAUGACACCCCUGUUGAUGACAUCUGUACUUUCAGAUUUCCUCCAGGGCUUGUCAAGGUAUGGCUGUAUUAGACUCCCGUUCCCCGUUGAACGUACAGCAUCCUGUAACUCAACCAGUAUUGCCAUUAUAGUUAUACCAAUGAUAAUGGCGACGCUUUACUUUUCCUGUUCCCUUUUACCGAUCUCAUGAAAUUUCUCCCAUCACAAGUUAGAUUUAAGUAAUGUUUGAAAUACUAGAAAUACUUAAUAACUUUGCAAUAUCUAGCAUCCAGACUUAUGUACUGGCCUCUGUAAUAUUUGAGCUGUAGCUCCAACUGCAAUAGAUUGACUACAUUUUAAUAGUGAAGCUUAGUGUCUGAGAAAAUUCAUUGUGUAUUAAAAUUGAUAGCUCCUAUAUGUUACCAAUAGUGCAGUCUCUGAAGCACCCAACAAUCUUCUGAUUUUUCGUUAAAGGAAAACGUUUUGUAUAAUGAAGUAAUGAAGUUAUAAUGUUACAGUAUAUUAAUGAUUCUUAUUAUCAAGAAUGAAUAGAAUACUUUAUCUUCUAUCAUCAUGCUUUUCUUCUUUACACUUGUUUAUGAGUACAUGUUAAUAUAUGUUUCAUUCACUGCUGUACAUUGAAAAAGAAAAAAAAUUACGGUAGCAAAAUUUAAGAUGAAUUUCUUUUGUAGUCUGCCGAAGCAAACCUUUCCUUGUAAAGAGGAUAUCUAGCCUCGGACUUCUUACGUUUGUUUACAGAUUAUUGCAUUUCAGCAAAAAUUUCAAAUCAUCAUGAAAUUAGGAGAACAUAAUCAUGCAUGUUUCAUUUUGACAGCUAGAUUUUUUUCUGCACAACGGAUAAAACAAGUCUGUGACAAUAUACAUACCUAUAUAUAUAUAUAUUGCAUUUGUGAUAUCAUUUUGGUUUUGUUUGUUUUAAAUGAAUUUGUCAUUUCUCUUAUAAUUUUAUGAACUUCAUCUUCCUCUAUCGAUAUAUUCAUGUAUCUCUUUAAGCAAUCCUUAGUAUGCAUAACAUUUAUAUUAAACAAAGAUAUAAAAGCAAACAGUGGAGGAAAAACUAGAUAUAGGUAUAUUUUAAUGUAUCAUUGUUAAUUUUAUCUUGAUGAGUGAAUUUCUGAAUAUUGUUUGUAUGAGGAGCUUGAAUUGAGUUUGUGAAUGAGAGGCGAGAGUGAGUUAUGAUAGAGCCAUUUGCAGGUAACAGCCAACAAAUGAAAAGAACGAGGGGAAAAAAGACAUUAAUAUAAUUUUUUUUUAGUAUUAAUUAAUAUUCAUGUAUAUGUGGUAUUCAGUUCCAUUGCUGCACUCAAACAUGAUACCAGAUAACAUGCCACAAAUGAUAGGAUGGGGCCUUGAUUAAUGCCUCCCUGCUAUAGAUUCAUGCAAGGCAGAUGUUUUCAAGGUCUAGAUUUAUGGGGGGGAGGGGUGGUGGAUCAACAAAUUAUUUAAAUUUGUCCUUGCUCUGGAUCAUUUAACAAAAUUACAAGAACAUUUUGUGAAUUUUUUGUUCAAAGUUGUAGAAAUUCAAAUGAAAGAUUGAUUGACUAUCAUUAUAGAUCAUAAAUAAUCUCAAAUGUUACCAUCAAAGGCAAACAUGUAACCAUGGAGACCAAAACGGAGGGAAAUAACUUGGCCGUUGAGAAGCUUGUGACCGAGUGCCAAAAAUGUGAAUGGAAGAAGAAAGGAUUGAACUUGUUUUUUUUAUGAAUUGUAAUUUAAGAGAUUAAAUUGUACAGUGCUCAUGAAUAUAUAAAUAUGUCUGUAAAGUAAAGCAAGAUUUAAGAUAGCAUUUAUGUGAAAGUGACUAAAAUAUAAUAUUACACAUACUUUAUAUGUUUGUAGUGUCAUAAUGCCUGAACCAAUCUUAAUUUGUAAGAAGUAACAACAGUGUGCUGUUUACUCUGUUUGUGUGAAAUAUACAUGUUCUUAUAUCAGUUUGAAAAUUGAAACUGCAUCAACAUUUUUUAAAUAUCCUCAACGAAAAUCUUUUGUCAAAUGUCUUCUGACAAUAAAUAGAUGUAAAUGUUUUCAUUUCCUUGAUUUAUGUGGCUUGUGCAUUCAUGCAUUGAAUGUCAAGUCACAUGGGAUCAUAUGAUUACGUGCAUCAUCUCCGAAAAGUUCUGUAGAAUAACCAAGACAUUUCUGACUUCAGAUAUAUAACCAUUAUGCAUUGCAUAUUUGCAGUGGCUGUAUGUGCAUGUAGUUAAACCAUCACCCAAUGUUAUUGUUGAGUGCCUUUUGUAGUUUAUAGUACCUGUAAGUCCAUCUAUUUGUGGUAUGUUGGAAUGCACCAUUAGUUAUGUUCUUAUUUCCGUACUUAAAUGUCAAUGUAUGGGCCUACGUCUUUGUUUUAAGGUAACUCGCAGUGUUGGUAAAAUUAAAAGGGAUCAAGUUGUGAAGUUACUGUUUUGUGGUUAAACACAACAAAUUUGCUUUGGAACACUUGUUUUAUUGUAGGGUGGGGGAGGGGGGUCUGUCACCUCUAUUAAUUCACUUGAUACUGCAUACCACAGGUAAUAUUGUUAACGAAGCUCAAACUGUUGAUGGUUUUAAAAUGGAAAUUGCACUAGAUUUAACACAGGAAUUAAAAGGGAAACGAGUCAGAAAGAUGUAUUCUACUCAUUUGGACCUCCAUAAAGUUGGAAGGGCAAUUUAGAUGAAUGGUUUCAACAAAAUGUUAUCAUUGUUAUCUGGGACUGUUUAAAUGGUCAAAGAAAUUCAUACUUAAAAAUAUACAUAAACUUAACCAACACUUGCGGAUUACUUUAAAUCCAUUUAAUGCAUUUGAAUGUAACCGAGUUCUGUAUCUUUUUCAUGUAGGCCUCUGCCAGCUUGUGGUGAAAAGUCAUGAACUGAUUCCAUUUAAAAGAAAUUCUGUUUAUGAAAUUCCAGUUGAAAGAAAUAGUUUGCAUGCUAACUGGAAAACUGCAUGGGUCAGCUGUAUCCAUCCACAGAUGACCCUUAACCUACUGUUGAUUUCUUUCAUCUGUCAGGCUUGCUUAGGUGUGGAAGAUGGUUUCCAAUGACUCAUUAAUGGUACCUACUGCAACAAUUAGAUUUAAAAGUAUCUUUUACCUAAUAGAAAAAAAAUAUAUUGUAUACAUUUUUAUUUGGGGCACAAUAUUAUGUUGGAAUAAACUUCUCUUAUCAUGCGAAAUUGUAAAAUUGCUAUUCAGAAUUGUGUUAUAUCUUAGUGAGAAAUAAAUGCAAACAGGUACAUAUGUAUGCUGUAAUUUGAAAAACAGA